AUGUUGUCUAAAAUUGUGCUUCGAGACCCCGACGAAGGGUGCUGGUAUGUCUAUGAGCAUCCGGUUCAGGUGGUCUCCACAACCUGUCUGGCAGACGUUGAAGCCACUUUGCAGGUGGUCGAGGACCUGGUUGACAAGCAGGGGUGGUAUGCCGCUGGCUUUGUGAGUUACGAGGCUGCUGCAGGGUUUGAUGCAAAGCUGGAAACGCAACAGCCGGAUUCGCUGCUGCCUCUGGUGUGUUUUGGUUUAUUUGCUGCGCGUGUUCCACUGCAGAGUUUGACCAGUGAAACAGAUUCGAGUGCAGACGCCGUCAGCAGUAUUCGGGAGGCGCCAAUAAACUGGCAGAUGGUAGAUACACCGGACAGCUACAAGACACGGGUAGAGUUGAUCAAACAACAUAUCGCUGCCGGCGAAACCUACCAGGUCAACCUCACCACCCAACUACAGGGUGAUGGGCAGGUGAACUUUGCCACUUUCUGCCGGAUAGCCCGUGAUGCACCCUACGGCGCCUAUAUCAGCGCUGCUAACUUUGACAUCGUUUCAGCAUCCCCUGAACUCUUUUUCCAGUGUGAUCGGGAUACGGUGACCUGCCUGCCGAUGAAAGGCACCGCACCUCGCGGGUUCAGUGCAAUGCAGGAUCAACGCCAGGCGCAGUGGCUGCAAAACUCGGUAAAAAACCAAGCCGAAAAUCUGAUGAUUACCGAUAUGGUGCGUAACGAUCUGGGGCGGGUUGCGCUGCCUGGCUCGGUUGUGACGUCAGAGCUGUUUGAUGUGAACGCUUUUUCAACAGUUUGGCAAAUGACGUCCACAGUCACCGCGCAAACGCCCCUCGGUGUGACCGAUCUGUUUCGCGUCCUGUUUCCGGGUGCCUCCAUAACCGGGGCGCCAAAGCGGGCCAGCAUGGCGUUUAUCCAACAAUAUGAAACAACUGCGAGGGCAGUGUAUACCGGCGCGAUCGGGAUGCUGGCGCCUGGUCGUAUUGCUCGAUUCAGUAUCGCUAUUCGCACCGCGUGGUCUGAUAAGAAGAACAAUAGAAGUUUUUAUGGUGCCGGUUGCGGUAUCGUUUGGGAUUCUGAUGCGGCUGCAGAAUUGCGGGAACUGCAACUGAAAACUCAAGUGCUUGCAACGCAGCGGCAGGAAUUUCGGUUGAUAGAAACCAUGCGCUGUACACCUGACGGUAUUUUUAUGCUGGACGGACAUCUUGCCCGUCUCCAGAACAGCGCUGAUUACUUCAGCUUUGUCUGCGAUCAGCAUGCAAUAAAAGCAGAGCUGGCAGCUCUGCGUGUAGAUCAUCCCGUGAAAGUGCGUUUGACGCUGGCUCGAGAUGGUCGCGUUGAUAUUGAAGUUACAGAAAUUCCCAGCAACCCCUCACCACAGCCAAUAAUGCUGACGCCGAAAGCUGUUGAUACCCAGCAACCCUGGCUCUAUCACAAAACAACCUGUCGUGAGGUUUAUGACGCGGCAAGCAGUCAGGUGCCAGAUGGGUGUGAAGCAGUGCUGGUCAACAGCGCGGGGUUUGUUACCGAAUCUGUUAUUGCAAACGUUGUUUAUCAGCUGGAAAUGUGGUUGAGCGCUCGCUUCAGAUUUCACACGUCGAUGAAGUUGAACGAUGGUUCCUUGUAA